AUGUCGUCAAGCAGAAACCCAUGUUUCGUGGAAAACGAUUAUAGUACCUCGUUGCUUUGGUCGUUCCAACGACAACGUUGUCCUGGAGAUGGAGAGACGUCUCAGAAUCGUUAUCAAAACCCAAUUCUCACGAAUCAAACCCUAGAAGACGCUUUCUCUCGUCUCUCUGUGAUGCCUAACAAUCACUCAACGUUGGGUUUCGUUGGCGAAGGAUCGAGUCACAUUGACACCACAAAACCUUUCACUUUUCAGGGGCAAGAAACAUACCCUUCUAAUUAUCAUUGUUCCAGAAUUGGCCAAAUGCAUAGUUUUGGUAAUGGUAGGUACAGUGGAGGCGAUAAUACACCUGUUUUGGCAACGACAUGGCAUAAUUGCUAUGUGGGGUAUAAUAAUGAUACUGAUCGAUAUAACGGUGGCUAUCACAACUUGCGAUCACAGGCUUAUAACACUUUUUUGAAAGAAGAAUCUCAGAACAAUUUUUUAAGGUUGCCAUUGUCAAACGAUGAUCAGUUUAGUCUCAGUUUCCAAGGAUCUCGUAGUAGCUCAAUGAGUACUGGGUUAUUGAGUAACACGCUGGAUAAUGUCAAUAGUUGGCGUUACCGUUUGUUGCAGAAUCCUUUGACUCAGCAUUCUGUUUAUGAUUUUCAGGGAAAGAUUUUGUUGUUAGCUAAGGAUCAAUUGGGGUGUCGGGUUUUGCAAGAAACGAUGAAAAGCUUGAAAUCUCAGGAAGAGGUUUCUUUGGUUUUUCUAGAACUGAUAGAUCACGUGAUUGAGUUGAUGUUGGACUCGUCCGGGAAUUAUGUUUUUCAGAAACUCGUGGAAAUAUGCACUGAAGAACAGAGGACUCACAUAAUUUUGAUGCUGACCAAGACUAAUUUUCAGCUUGUCAAUAUCUGUUUGGAUGCUCAUGGGACCCGGGCUGUGCAGAAAUUAUUUGAACAUGUGACCACCCAAGAACAACGAAAUCUUAUCAUGCUAGCGUUGUACCCCGGUGUUGUUGCAUUGACUAAGGAUACGAACGGUCUUCAUGUCAUUGAGAAUUGUCUAAAACAUUUCUCACUUGAAGAUAACAAGUAUAUUCUGAACAUCAUGGCAAACAACUGUGUUGACAUUGCAACGGACAAGAACGGAUGUUGUGUAAUGCAGCGUUGUGUUGAGCGUGUUCACGGCGAAUCCAAAGAGCGGUUAAUGGCCGAGAUCAUUUUAAAUGCUUUCCUUUUAGCAGAAAACUGUUACGGCAACUACGUGGUGCAACAUCUAGUGACUCAGAAAAUACCUAGAGUUAUAGAAGGACUAAUGAGACAGCUUGAAAAUAAUUUUUUUACACUGUCUUACAAUAAAUAUGGCAGCAAUGUUGUGGAGAAGUUCUUGCAAGUGGCUGGAGAAGAGCAUUCUAAACGUAUUGUGGUGGAGUUGCUCUGCGAUCCAAAUGUUUCAAUUCUACUAGUGGACCCAUAUGGAAAUUAUGUCAUUAAGUCAGCACUCCAUGUCUCCAAGGGUGCCAUUCGGAAUGCCUUACUUCAACUUGUUGAAGAUCACUAUGCUUUGAUGCAAAGCAACCUCUAUGGCCAAAAACUACUUGCUUGGGUUGACAAAUGGAAGCAUCGUAAAUUGACUAAAGCAACGUCACUGUUUUUUGUUGUGGAUGUUGAUGUUUAG